UGGACAUCCUCUCCAUAUCUUUCAUCACAACUCGUGUCUCGGUUGCUACCCGGCCUCUGAUCACGCUAUCGCUGCUGCGGAUAUUGAACUGCGAGAGCUUCCGCUCUCGUCGCUGCUCUCCCUCCUUUAGUCAGAUCCUGAACAAACGCCUGCUUCCAAGAGCGCACAGGUUGUUCGCGCACCGUGGUGCCCCAGACAACAGCGACAACACCGUCGAAAACAUAGGGAGCUAGUUGGAACCGAGCGCAACAACAUGUCCAAGGCGGUUUCGAGAGACAUCGGCCCCGCGGUGCUGCCGCAGCUCGACAACGAGGCCGUGCGAACGUACCGGACGAGCUACCGGAGGUUCCGCAAGGGGGGCAGCAGGGGCUCGAGGGGCGAAGAUCCUGAGGCCCCAGCCGACCACGUCGUCCCGGACGAGCUCGUGCCUGAGGUUGACGGUGGUCAUGGUAUCCCCGGCCUGAGCGCGGCUGAGAUCUUCAACACGGAGAUGUUCGACGCCUUGAGCCGGUACCGCAUGGACUACCGUCGGCACCGCAUGGGGGCGGCGCACGGAGCGAAGGGAGAGAUCACCGCGCUGGCCAUGGGCUCCACGUCUCUGACCGGGAACAAGCGGAGUUCGAUGAAGCUCCCCGUAGGUCAGCUGUCGGCCUUGGCGGCCUUCAGGAAGGCUUCCCUGCAUGCCGCGGCGGCUCGCCUGACGACGUUCCACGUGCACAUCGGCGCGGGAAGGCUUGGCCUUGGACUGGUCAUUCCUGCCAUCCACGCCAGCGGAAAGCCUUACGCUAUCGUCCAGCGGCCGUCUAGGAGCUGGGCUGCGGUUACGGACAAGGAGGGCACGGAAGUGGGCCUGAAGGUGAACGGAGAGCCCACGAUCCAGAAGAUGGACGUCCUAAAGAACGGGACUGUGGGGGGCGUUGCGGCGCUUCCGGGAGGCGGUCUCGGGGAAGAAUCCCGAGUGUUUGCCUGCACGGACGAGGCCGAAUCUCUCAAGGCGCUGGUCGAGCGAGCGACUACCUUCAGCAUUUCGCUGGGCCCCUCGAUGUCGGACGUGGUCCUGCCCCUGAUGUCCUGCGUCGAGCCCAAGGCGGACGGGGAGAGGCCCGCCCUGUACGCCUGCGAAAACGACCACAAUGCCGUGCACAAGCUCCAGGAGGCCCUAGAGGGUCGCGUGGAUGUCGUGUCGUGCAUGGUUGACCGCAUCUGCACGGAGCGGACCAUCACGGCGGACUGGAUAGAGAUGGGCACCGAGCCCUCGAGCGGCGAGAUCGUCGUGAUCGCGCCGCCGCAGAGAGCCCCGCUGCCCCCCUUCAAGGGAGACCACGUCCAGAUCCCGCGAAUUCCGGCCGAGGCCGAGUACUUCUGCCGUCGCAAGAUCCUCCUAGUGAACGGCAUGCACACCACGCUGGCCUUCAUCACGUUGUGCAAGCUCGAGAGCGGGGGACUGCAGGGGGAAGGGUGGAAGGAGCACAUCUUAGUCACCCCGGCCACCGCCACGGAACAGGAGAACGCCUUGGUGUGGAGGUGGGCGGUGGCCCGGGUGAUGUACGUCAUGUGGGAGCAUGAGCCGGAUAUCAUCAAGGCGGCUCACAACAUCAACACCGAUGUAGAGUUAUGCCGUACCCUGCUGGGAUACGCCAAGACCACCCUGGGAAGGUUCAGUGGGGUUGAAGACAAGGCUGGGAGGGUGUUAGGCGGAGGCGUGGCCAACCGGUUUGAGGGAAGGCUCAACAUGAUAAAGUCUUUCCUGGAGAACGAGCCGCCCAUGCGAACAGGUCUCCGCGCCAAGCUCUUGAAGCUGGCCGGGGUGAAGGAGUCGGACAUGAGGGAGGCGGUAAGGUCGCUGGUCGAGCAGAGCUCGCGAUUCGUAGGAGUGAAGGUCAAUAAGCCGACCGCCAAGGUUGUAGUGACGUAAAGAAUAUGUGAAUCGUCCCGGUCGUUGCCACAUCGGGUGUAUUCAACACGCUUGGGGUGGUUUUUCCUACGGUGGAGGUGCGGAGAAACGAUCCCGGGGACGAGUGCGCCCACUGCGCCGAUGACGCGCGGUACAACCAAUGCGGGUGGUUUGGGACGUGCGGAGAGACAAGGGUAAACAAUUUGCAUGAAACGUAGGUCAUGACCAUCGAGGAGAUGCGGGCGGCCAAGAAAAGAAUGCGUCGCUGUUUGAGAAACACGUUCUGUCUUCUCACCAUGGGUAUGUACGGCAUGCAUUCCCCCGAAACAAUCUCUAGCGAAUUCCGCGAAAUGUUCCAUGUUUUGUUUAGUGAUAUAUUGAACGUUCUCGAAUGAUGUAUGUGGUGCGAGUCGUGACUCAUUCCGCGGUUCGGUCCAAGAAAUGUGGCAAGGCGAAUGAACGGAGACCGAGCGACACCUGCGGUAAACGAAAACGUAGGAGGUAGGCCGCUGAUGGUUCGAGAUGUUCCGAGUGAAAUGAAUUUGCUGGUCGCUGUUCUUGGUACAUGCCCCCGCGUGUCGUCAGUGUUGCAAUGAUUCUGGUGCGCGCGGUAUGUUGGCUGGUCAUUUUCUAGACGUUCCGUAGCGUCUGGUGUCCCUUCCACUCGGGAGAGCUACUUAACUGCCCCUGGACUUGGGUGGGGUGAUUCCACAAGUUCGUGCGUUGUGCGAUGAGGCUGUUGAUGUUUCGUCAUGCGAUGUUUGAAGACAAUCGCCCGAGUGGGAAAAUCGGCGUGAAUCCCACAAAUCGAGAGACAGAUAUAUGAAUGGUGUGUUUUCGGCCACAUUCAUUUCACGGUGUAAAUGCAGGUCCUACGUAGGAGUUUGACGCGGCUUGGACGGCGUACGAGUAGCGGGCUGGCAGGAUGGAAACUCCUUCGUCGAUAUACAUGUAUCGGUGUAUUAGUCGCGUCGAUGAAAAUAGCCGAAGGGAGGAACUGCGGUUGCUGCUGUAGCCCUCGUGAGAAUAGUGGUGUAAUGUUGGCCGUCACUUGUGUGUGCCCUGUGAAGUUUCCACGUCACUUCCUUCGUGCCGUUUGUCGCCAUUAUAACGACCAAGUGAAGGAUAGAAAAAAAGUGCGCAGAUUCAUUCCCAACGUUGCAACCUCUGUGAAGGAUCUGUCGAAUGUGCACCGACAAUUGUGGGAGAAGACCCGGGAGGAGACUAUCAUUAACAAGGACGUGCUUGAAGUGACUUCCAU